AUGGUGCGAAUUAAAGAGAGAUAUCUCCUUGUCAACAUCGUGUACGCGCCGGAACCCGCCCGCGCUGCGAAGGACAAUCUGCCCCAAUGCGUGGUUCAGCACCAGCCUACCCUUGACAGGCUCACGCCGCAGGCGCUGCUUAAGGGCAUCAGAGCCGAGGUCGCGUCUUUGUUCGGUGACUACGGAUCUGGUACACUUGGCGGAAGCGUCUCAGUCAAGUACCUGUCCCUAGCUACAUCGACUUUCAUUCUUCGAUGCCCGAGAGCCCACUACCAACUGCUCUGGUCUGCCCUGACCUUUAUGGAUCGUGUCCCUGUUAAAGACGGCAAGCCGUGCAUCUUUCGCGUCAUUCGCGUCAGCGGAACGAUUCGCAAAGCUGAGGAAGAGGCCAUCCGACAGGCUAAAAUGAUCAUUCUGGCUGCCAAGGAGGAAUCCUCAGGAGCAACGUCUUCCCUCACGAAUGUCCCUCGACAUCACGGAUGA